AUGGAUCCUCCUCGCACAGAACCUGUGCGAGUAGAGGCUCCUCCUCCCCAGCCGGCGGCGUCAGCUCCCCCUAUUGUCGCCCCGGCGCCUCCCUCCCCAACAAAACCGAUCCUGCAGCCCGAGUCACCGGCACUGAAAAGACGACAGUCUCAAGAUAUACCAACGGCAUUGGUUAGCAGUAGUCAAACCCUCCCACCGAAGCGCGCGAAGUCGGAUCAAACUCCCGUGAAGGUGCUGCCUUCCAAAUACGAAUUUUGCCCUGUGGACGAUAUGGUUGUGGUUAUUUCACACAUGAUAUCAGAGCUCAUUGAAACCAAUGAUCAGCUUCCUCUGAGAAGUGGGGUUCUCACUCGUUUCCAUUCAAGGACUCCACCUGGGAUAUCCGUUCUUGAUUACCUCCGGAGACUUGCUAAACAUGCAACUUUAACACCACCUUUACUGCUAUCAAUGGUCUAUUACAUAGACCGGCUUUGUUUACUAUACCCGGCGUUUACGAUUACUACUCUUACGGUUCAUCGAUUCCUGAUUACGGCAGCGACUGUGGCAGCGAAGGGUCUGUCAGAUUCCUUCUGGAACAAUGCUACAUACGCUCGAGUUGGAGGGAUUAAGAUAGCGGAACUUGGGCUCCUCGAGCUCGAUUUUCUUUACCGACUGGAUUGGAAAAUCGUACCCAAUCCGGAGACCCUCGUUGAUUACUACCGGGGAUUAGUGGGUCGAGCGCCAGGUUACGAAAUAGAGGAUGAGGGUACUACGAGCUGUUCAGACGCAGAAGAUGAUGAGGACGACAUAGAGAGCCCUGAGGAGGUGGCCAGUUCAGCACCGGCAACGGAGAAUACAGACGUCCAGUGGAAGCAAUGGAUGGAUGAUGUUUCAAUGCAGCACAUGAAAAAGAAGAAGAGAUGGGGAGAAUUUGUUCUUCCGGACUCUCCCAGCUUGAUUGCCCGCCAUUUCAAGAUGAAAUUCCUACCAAUUCUGGCUGCGCUCUGUGCGCCAGUAUUUUCAGCUUCAUCUGAUCUGAUAGACAGCACAACUGUCUACAUUCAAUCUGUAGAAUCCACCGCAGCACCCGCCAUUCCUCUCGCAGAGAUCAAAUAUAAUCCAUCCACCCUUUCCGCCGAACUCGCUUCAUUCGAUUUCCCCGAGCUAGAUCCAGAAUCCAAACUUCUUCGAGUGGGAGUGUACGAUGUCGCGACAUCCAGCUGGAAAUCCUCGACUUCAACAACCUCUGCCGAGAGCUUCGCGAAAGGUUACUCGCCCACUUUGGUACUGUCGUUGGAUGCGCAAGGGGGUGUCAUUGGUGUCAGCUUGAAGAGUGCGAAGAUUGAUGCUGGGCAGACGAGGGACUUUGGGCCAAAGGUUAAAGUGUUGAAGACAGCGAAGGCGCCAACGCCCGCGUUGAACAGAGCCGUUGUUCUGUCUCCGGAGGGCAAGCUGGAGGAGCCUGUUGCUGAGAAGACGAUGUUGCAGAAGUAUUGGUGGGUGCUGCUCGCCGGCGUUUUACUUCUCAUGUCUGGAGGAGGAGGAGGGGAAUGA